AUGUCGAACCAGGAAUCGCAACUUGAGGCUCCAGGAAUCCACCAGAAUAUUGAUGACUCAAAGGGUCGACGAGCCCAGCAAAUCACUCUGGUCAUCAGCCACCAUGGUGGGAAUGACUUUAUUCUCCCGGUCACCAUCGAUGACAAAACGACCAUCGACGACGUGCUUCGCCUGUCACGACAACAUAUGAAAACCAGCCUUAUUCGAUCUUCUCUCAAAAAGAUUAUGCUCCAACGCCUUGGCGUGUCGAGGAUUGAGGACCGCGUCGUCCCGCCCAAAGCAACAACUCAUUCCGGUCUAGGAGGCUCCAAUACACUCUUGUCUUUCUUCGAGCCUGGCGAUGUUCUUCGUGUUCACUGGCAAGUAGACAGGGAGAAAUCGAAGAUGCUUAUGGCGACAUUACGCAGCCUGGGGUUCUUGGUCGCAUUGAUUGCCGGGCUUGGAGUGUGUUAA